UGGGUCCUCUGUUUGUCAUCGGCCUUUGCGUUUCUCACUGUACAGCGGCCCACUGUCGUCUCUCGUAUGUGCAGAGAAUCCUUGGCUGCCACUGAUGCCGAAAAUAAUGGCACUUCAAAUACAGUUGCUAUGGAUGAUGUGGGUUUUGUUUUGCUAGCCGGUGGUACGGGCUCGCGAAUGAAAGCCACUAUGCCCAAACAGUUUCUGGAACUCCGAGGUGUUCCUGUCUUGCAUCAUAGCCUCGACUUGUUCUUGGAGCGUCUACCGGAGCAUUUGAAAGCCCAAAACAAAGCGCCGCCACCGUACGUGGUACUAGUCAUGGACCCAAUCUAUCAAGAGGAGUAUCAAGCUAUAGUAAAUCGAUACGAUGGCCGUCUUGUGUUUGCCAAUCCCGGUGUCGAACGACAGGGAUCCGUAGAAAACGGACUCAACAAAUUGGUGGAGGUUUCCAAUGGCAACUGUAAGUACAUAGCGAUUCAUGACUCGGCUCGACCGCUAGUUACCAUUCCAGAGCUGUGUAAGGUUGUCCACGAUGCCAAAGAGUACGGCGCAGCCGUCUUGGGAGUUCCGUGCAAAGCUACGAUUAAAGAAACGGAAGACGGUUCUACGGUUCUGCGAACACUUCCACGAGCUCGCUUGUGGGAAGUGCAUACACCACAAGUCAUUAAAAUCGAAACGCUGCAGCGCGGAUUUGUCAAAGUGGCGAGAGAAAAUUUGGAAGUAACGGAUGACGUGAGCAUUGUGGAAGCUUUGGGAGAACCGGUCAAAUUAACGCUUGGCGAAUAUACCAAUCUAAAAAUCACCACGCCCGAAGAUAUGGACGUUGCGGAAGCCAUUUUGGAAGAAAGAAAGGACUCCCCCGUGAGCUUGAUAGUGGCUUAG